UCUUCUUAAAAACUUCCAGUGUUGGAGCACCCACAACUUCUGGAGGCAAGUUGUUCCACUGUUUAAUUGUGGCUUCCUCUAAUCUAGAUCAAGCAUUAUCAAGCAUUUACCUCUUUGGGCUCAGUAGUUCAGAGAACUCUAUACCAAAUGCAUCUAUCAUUACUUUUUUUCCAUGUGCCCUUUUUUAUUGAUAUAUAAGAUAAAGUAGCCGGUAUCUUAUAUAAAGUUCUUUCAAGAUUAAUUAUCAGGGUAAAUUCAAUCGAAAGAAAUUUAUUUUUCUAUAAGCUUGUUUAAUGUCCAUUAGAAAUCAGAGGUAGAGAAUUUUAUCUUAAUUCUAGAAGUAUUUUGAAUGACUCAAAUAUGAUUUGAAGGCUGUUCUAUUUUAUCACUCAAAGGUUUAAAGACAAGUGCACAUAAGUAAACAUAUUUUUUUGGGGGGGGAUCAGAACAAGGAUGGAGCACUCUAAUCAGAAGACUAAUUUAGGAAACAUAAGAUGCAUAAACUGUUAUAAAAGAUGCAGUAGAUGCAUGAUUAGGCUUAUUAUCCAAUUAUGUUCAUCUCCCAUAAUGGAUAACAUUACUGAAGUGGAAUCUUUUCUCUCUGCCAAUAAAUAAAAUAUAACAUUUAAAAUAAAUUUAAUACAGGAUUAUCAGUAUCACUGGAAGUCUCACAGAAGGUACAUCAACUCUGUUCUGUAGCUUCAGAAUUUUACUGUAAAUAAUGUGCAGUGAAUAUAGGUUUAUGGUGUUCACAGAGGAAUUCAACCAGAAGAAUGGGUAUAGUAAUAAAAGUUGUAGUGAGCAGGUGAAGCUUGUAGAAUUUCAAGUACAGGUAGUCCUCAAUAACUCUUUUGCUAAGAGUCACAAUUGGAAAUCAUGUGCCUAACUUAAACAUUACUUCACGUUCAUUCAAUAAAUGAAAUAUCAUAUGACACUUCAACAGCCAUAAAUGUGGGGAUGUGGCAAGGCACAUAUACACAUACAUACAUACAUACAUCCUCAUAAUUUGAAUGAUCACUAAACAUAGAAGCUGAAACAUGGGAGCCAGUAAGCAAAGACUACCUGUACAUCCUCUUAUGGUUCACAUCUUGAUGCCAACAAACUCGGGUCAGGAGUGAGAUGGGGCCAGUGAAACGGUUAAAAGAAAAGCAAUAGCAAACAAUUUAAUCAAAGUAUAAUAUUCUGUUAUAAUAUAUGUUCAAAAGACAUACAUUUCAUCUGUAUUUCCUACCUGCUUAUUAAUUUCUCUUUGCAACUUCAAAUUUGAAAGUUUUCCCUACAAAGGGGGCGGGGGAUUCUCAUCAGGCUUGCUUGGCAUUAGAAACUUAGAAACAAGAUCUCAAGAGGUACAAAAUGUUUCUUUGGUCAUUUUCCAAAAAAUGGAACUUUUGGAAAAUGACCAAGGAAACAUUUUGUACUACUUGCAGAUUUUGUACCACUUGAAAUCUUAAUUCCAUUUAUCUGAGAAAUGGAUGAGGAGAUAUAUAUGGGACAAAUAUUACUGGAUUACAAACAUUGCACCUGUUUGUUUCAAAUUUGGUUUGUCAAAUCAAUUAUGAUAAUCAUAACCAUAAACCAUCAUUACUAAUCCCAAUCCUUGGGUAAACACAUCGUGGUUAGUCAGGUUCAAACAAAUAAAAAAAUGUAAAGGGAAAAAGGUGCUCUGGAACCUGCUGUGAUGCCCAAUUGCAGUUAAAAGUUGCAGGGGUUUGCCAACAAGAGCUACACGUGCAUCCAAUCUUCACUUCAGACAUCUUUCUCCCUUUGACUAUGUCCAAUUUGCCAGGUCGUCGUGGAAUGGGAACUGCCAAAUAGGAAAUCUCAACAAUUGCAGGCUGGAUUGAGACGCUGAAUAAAAGGGGGAGGGACCUUCGGGGUGGGAGGCUUUCUUAUUCCAUAGAUCCCCACAAGAAGCCUUUCCCUUCAGCCCCACUGAUUUCAAUCCUGUUAGGAGCAAAUGCGAGAGCUGGGGAGGAAGAGAUGAGGAAAGAUCUGUUGAGGAAACACAACUUUCCAGGAGUUCAGUGUCACAAGACAGCAGGCAGCGAGACUGGUCAGAAGGUUCCCGAGCAAGACAGAGCCCUAACCGCCUUUCCCCACACAGUCGAGCAAAGUGAAGAAACAGUCAUCAGUGGGGCGGAAUAACCGCGCGGGAAGCCUGUUGGAAAAGCUGCUCUAAAGUUGGCGAAGAGACAAGAGGAGCCGCGGCGCCCAGACGGUGUCGGAGCGAGAUGGGCCCAGAGGCGGGCGGUGCUCAACGAGGUGCGGGGAUGCCUCACUCAAAGCAAAGAAGCAGCGGCGGAACACGGGGGAGCGUUUCGCUCGAGCUUUUGCAUCUUCUUCGUCGUCAGGCGGCCAAGGCUGCGCGCGGAGGUUUGGCCAACGGGAACGUUCCCCGAGUGGAUUAUAGUUCCAUUCUGGUGGGCUGCGCGUGGCGGGAAACGGCCACGGCUAAGUGGAAGUCGCCCUCCGGGUGUGUCGCCGAGGGCGAAGUGAAUGAGGAGGGCGGGAGUUCAAAGGCUCGGAAGGCGAAAUUUUCCUCGGCGUUUCCCUCGGAGAGACGGCUGGAGUUCAAGGGGAGAGGCAGAGAAAGAGCCCGAGAAACAACUGCUGCGUCGCGGCUGAGCGACCGGCGACCUCUGCUCGGCGUGGGCAUGACGGCUUAGGAGGAGGAAAGCUCUGGGCACGUGUCUGUGUCGAGAUGGCAUCCAAUUAAAGGAAGGCGCGUUAAGGCGAGGUCUGCGUUUCUCGGACAAAGGUCAGCUUGCGUCGGGGUUGGGCUGCUUAGACAAAAGACCCGAGAGCCGCUUUCUUCUGCCGGGAGCAACGUUUUUGGGGGUAGAGUUGCUGGGAAGUUCUGUCGAACGGGUGCUGCGGAAACCGCCCUUUUCGGAUUGCCCAUUGCACGAAGCCCGAUGAACGGAUGUGGCGCUCCGGUUUGAGCUGGGGGAAGUUAACUAAAUUCAGUUGCAGUUUCUCCAAAUGACAUGGUGAGAACUGAAUGAUUGCAGAUUCACUAGCUUCUAAUACAUUCUUUCCAAAGUGCCUGUUGUCAUGAGGUGUUCCCUGAAACGAUCACUUGCAACAGCCUUUUCUCUCUGUGUGUUCCUACUCAUCAUGUAUCUGGCUUCUUGGCACCAUGAAGAUCUUGUGAUGAAUGAUGUUCAGAAGUGGGCUCAAACAGUGGGUCUGCACCCUAUUGCAACUGACUGGACCGUUUCUAGCCUCCGAAUGUUUAUCAAUGCCACCAACACACUGAAUAUCUCUUAUGACUACCUUGUUGGGUCGCCUCCACUCCAGAAAAAGUUUCUGACAUUAGGACUCUGUUCUGUCAAGCGGAUGAGACAGGACUAUCUCCUGAAUACCCUGACAUCCAUCUUUGAACAAUCUUCUGAAGAAGAGAUGAAGGAAAUGGUGGUAGUGGUACAUUUAACAGAUCCAGAUCAUAAGUGGAAUUCUCAAAUGGCAUUGGAAAUUGCCAGAAGUUUUCCUAAUCAGCUCCAUCAGAGAAACCUAGUGGUUAUCCACACACGUCUUGAGUAUUACCCUCCCUUGGAAGGUCUAAAAAGGAAUUUUAAUGAUCCUGAGGAUCGGGUGCGCUUUCGAUCAAAACAGAAUGUUGAUUAUGCUUACCUCAUGAACUUUGCAUCCAACCUCUCCACCUACUACCUCAUGAUUGAGGAUGAUGUCCGUUGUACCAAACACUUCCUCACAGUAAUCAAAAGAAAUCUGGCAUCCCAGGAGGGCACCUCUUGGGUCACUCUGGAAUUUUCCAAACUUGGUUACAUUGCCAAGCUCUACCGUUCUACUGACCUCCCCCGGCUUACUCGAUUCCUCAUGCUCUUUUACCAAGAGAUGCCUUGUGAUUGGCUUUUUGUGCAUUUUCGUCUCCUGCUUACACAAAAGGAGGAAAUUCGUUUCAGGCAAUCCCUUUUCCAGCACGUUGGUCACUAUUCCUCCUUCCAGGGCACACGAAACAAACUGGAAGAUGAAGACUUUGAAGAGGAUUUCUCUAAGAUCCCUGACAAUCCUCCAGCAGAUAUAAUAACCGAUAUUGCAACAUUUCGGAAUUCUAUCCCCAGUAAGGCUUACAGUAGUGUGAUAGGCUACUUUUGGGGUAAGGCCCCUUCUGUUGGCAACUCCUUCACGCUUAUCUUUAAAAAGGCUGCCCCCAUCUUCCGCAUCCAGAUCCAUACAGGCUCUAAGGAGUUCCCAGAAAGCUAUCUCCAUGAAGGGCUUGUAGCAUUGGGCACUAAUAAAUUGCAAACAUUACGACCAAGGUGUGCUAAUUAUAUCACCAUUGGGCACUUUACCAAAGGAAUUUUUGACAAGCAGAACCUAGAGAAUAGUACCACCUCUGACACUGUUUGUGUGCAGAUUUUGGUAACUAACACUCAGAGUGAGUCAUUGAUCAUAAGUAACAUAAGCAUCUGGAUCAAGCCUAAAGCCUGACUUCAUUUGAAGGAUUAGGAUCUCUUGCAGUAUAAGAACAUUACUUGCAGAUAGAUCCUUUCUGGAGAGAAGACUCCAAGAUGCAGUGGAAGAAGUCAGUUCUGUGUUCUCAGUCCUAAUGAUGAUAUAUUUGUGUUCUAUUACCUUAUAACAUAAGAGGCCACUAACAAUGUUCUUCAAAAGAUGGCUACAACUGGCAUUGUCUUCUGCUUGUCAAAGACCCUCCUUUUCCAAUUGAAUGUUUCCAGGAUUAUUUUGUAUCAAUCUCUUUUCCCCCACAACAAGAGAGUUCUGUAGCUCUAUAUGAAAAAAACAGUAAGAUAGGACCCGAUCAUGGCCUGUUAGGAACCGGACUGCAUAGUGUGGUUCCUAACACAGGAAGACACAGGAACCGCAGCGAGAAGCGAGUGAAAGUGAAACUGUACUUGCAUGGGAUCUAGUUUGUUUUCUCCAUCUCCCCCCACCCCUUCUCAGUUCUUGGAAAAAUUGUCUUCCACAAAACUGGUCCUUGGUGCCAAAAAGGUUGGGGAUCACUGAGAUAGGAAGCUGAAAUAAGUUCAGCUGGUAGUAUCAUAAACAACUUUCUGUUUCUGCUAUUCAAGCUUUAAAUGAUAGUUUGGAAAGAUGAAGGUGAUGUGAUAAAAGUUCCUUGAAGCAAAAUGUAUAACUUAAGAUCUGUUAACUUCUAAAUUAAACUCAAGGAUCUGCUCUUUGGCUUCAGAAAUAGCUUGUUCUAGCUCCAUCACUGUUAGUACUUGAAUUGAGGAGCCACAUAAAGAAAAAUGCUUGUGUUUGUCUGCAGGGAUUUGUAAUAAGGAUUUAAAUAUAUCUAUAGGAGUAAGUAGGGCCAAUGAGUCAUUUCUGUAGUUUUCAUCCUUGCUACACGGCCUUGCAAAUGACAGGACAAUAAGUGAUUCAGGUGGGUAACUAACUGUUCACAGUUACAUGAAGUAAUUUUUACAGAAGUGCAAUCUUUUUCUUAAAACUAUAGGAACAAUAUUUUGUACAUCUGAAGAAAUAUUUUUAGAUUUUUUCUUAACAAAAUGUGUGCAAACACAUAUUUAAUGAAUCUAAUUUAAAAUUAUGAUUGCAUAAUAUUUUACAUAAAAUGCUGACUGAUGAAUGUAAUUUAAACAGCUGUCCCAUAAUCUAAUAUAGUUUUUUCCAACCUUGGUCCUCCAGAACUCUUAUCAUUCAGAUAAAAAAAGGCUUGAACCUCAGUCAAGAAAGUAACUUGAGAAAAUAUCUCACACAAGCCCAUUACUAGUUCAGAUAGCGAUAGACAAGAGGGAGAAUGAAGCACAUUCAGACUUGAAUUCUGUUGUUAUACCUUUACAAUAAAAUAAUGCUGACCUAUAUGGUAUUUCUGGAAACAGAGGGAUUUAAAGUUUAAUAUAUUUUGGUUUGUUUUUUUUACAGUGAAUUGGUAUUUAGUUUAUUUGAUUGAUAGAUAAUGGAUUUGUAUAAAUGACAUAUUUGUUAAGAAAAUGUGAUGUAAAAUAGUAAUAUACAACAUACAAGUACAGGUAUAGAUGAAAAAUGUAUUUGUAGACCUGCAAUGCAAGAGAUUGAAUUUAUUAGAUUUGUGUGAGAUACAAGCUGUUAACUGUUAAUGCCCCCAAAUAUAUUAAACUUCAAAGCCCUCUGUUAAUAGUCUCUCAUUAUAUUUUACUUGCAGAAACUCCACAAACAGCUUCUGAACUUAUCCAAACCAUUGUCUCUAAUCAACAUUGUUAAUUUUGCCUCCCCUACUAAUUCCAGCAGUUUCAAAAUCCAUUUGUCCAGUGUUUGCGCAUUCCUUUUUCUUUACAAUAUUUGGCACACACAAUCCUUGAAGCUGACACCGUGUACAAAAAUAUGGUAACCAGGGUGGAGGUCGUAUGUUUACUGUUAAAUUUAUGUUUGUUGCAUAAACCUUUUUUCCUUUUUUUCAUUUUCAUUUUUCUGUAUCUUGUUUGUAAUUCUUGCUUGGUUGUUUUCCUUUAUUCGAUAUUGAUAUUUUAUUUUUGGAAAAAUAUUUUUUUUAGGAAAAAAAAACUGUAAAAGGUGUUUCAAUUCAGCAUAACCUAUGACAUUGUUACCAGUAAUGCAAAUUUACACUGUGGCCUAAGCCCAAAGCCAAGCAGAAUCAACUGACUCAAACUUAAGUGGUAGCUAUUCUAGUGAGCACUUUCAAUUCUUCAUUUUAUUCAGUUUUUCUAAACAAACCCAUUGGGAACCAUUUAACAACAGUUCUGAUUCCUCCAUAAGAAUUACAAAAUCCUCAUGGAUAGUUUACAUCCAUAUUUUUAAAAACUAUUGAAGAUUUACGGGAAAUCAUCAUGCACUGAAUUCAUUGCCUUUUCAACAUAUAUUCUGAAUUUUAAUUCUGGAUUCCUUUUUUAUUAUGUGAUUUUGUUCUCUGUACUCUGUUCUCAGGCAUAUUUGAAUCAAAAUAUAACCAAAUAUUUAUACAGAUUAUGUUACAUGGUAAUGUAAUGUAACAUGGUACAUGUUAGCUAUUUAAAGUGUAAUCUAUUAUAAAAUGUAGCUAAUCCAACUAAUAUGAGUAACUAAUGGAACCCCCUUUGGUAAAGUUAUACUGUCUGUUCUGAAUUUUUUUUGGGGGGGGGUAUUUUUUAAUAUGAACCAAAACUUUCUAAUCUAUUGGAAUAAGGUGACAUUCUCUAAAUCUCAGAAGAAUUUUUCUUCCUCUUCUUCCUGUUUUGCAUAUCUGGAAAAUUCUUAGCAUGCCCAGUGACUUCCCGUGUAGAUAAUUAACAUGCAGAUAGAUGUGUCCUAAAAUAAAAUUAACAACAAUGUAAAGUACGCAGUUUGUAUUAAUAUUUGUAAUGCAGCUUUUGCAGAGUACUGAAAAUUAGGAUCUCUGUAAUGGAGAAGAGCUCCCUGGAAAUAGCUACAUGAUAUAUUAACACAUAGUGGAACCUCCUUUUACAACCCUAAUUCGUUCCAGGACUUUGGUCAGCACCCGAUUUGGUCGUGACCGGAAGCAAGACUGACUGUGCAUGCACGCACACAAAAAAAGGUGUGGGAGGGGAAAUUGGUGCGACAGGAAAAAUUGCAGCUGUGAUUGAUUGCAGAUUUUUUCAUUUGUUUUGGUCAUGGUCAGAAGUGUUUGUUCCACUAUAGUUUGGAUUGUACAUUUAUAUUGACCAUAUAUCCCCUUUCAGGCAAGUAAUGUUAGGCAGAGUGAAGAAAAGGAAUAAGAAAUAAUAUUCCAAAUAAAGGAACAGGGUAUAUUUGAAUCUGAAUUACAGAAUAUACCUAAAGUCGAAGAGUUCAGAUAAGAAAGUAGGACUAUACAGUGCAUAAGAUUGGACUUGAUUCCAAAUAAUUGCUUCAGAGCUCAAAUGGGUUCCUGUCAUCAAGUUACUAAAGCAGCCAUAUCUUCUCAAGCUCACAUGGCUAUUAGCUGCUUUUGCAGCAGCUAAUCCUGGAAACAGAUAUGACCACUUUUAUAAUUUGCCAAGAGGUGUUGCAUCAUCUGCAUUUUAACUCAGCUUUUCAGCCUCAAAUCUGAAUGCACAAAUGCAACUGGAAACCAUACUUGAAAGGGGUGAAACUUGAAAGUUCAAAAUGGUACUUUUUUCUGUUCGAGUUUGUCAGUAAAACAAUAAAACCUCUGUGCAGUA